UACAAGUGGUUGUCUGAGAAGGGGAUAAGAUGUCGGCCAAAUCAUCGGUUAUAAAAUUUGGCUAUUUAAAUCACAAACAAUACAUUUGUAAAGCAACAUUGAGAAAAAAGCAUACAGCGCAAUGUAAGUUCUGCAGUGCUUCACUAUCAGAGACGGUGGGGACUACGUCCAACUUUUAUCGACACCUUGAAAGAAAGCACAAAGAAAGGUUCCUGGAAUACAAGGCAGGGCAACAGAGUGAUGUCACACAGCCAACAAUAUCGUUAUUUACACAGAAAGUGCAGCUCUACAGCCCACAAUCGCCAAGGCAGCAAGCCAUCAGUGAAGCCAUUGUUCAAGAUUUGAUCAUUGGAUGUUGUCUGCCCCUCUCCCUCGUGGAAAAUGGACACUUUAAACACUUUCUUGAAGUCCUGGACAGUAAAUACACACCAAUCUCUAGAAAAACAGUUUCUGAGAGACGAAUUCCAGAAUUGGUCAGAAAAGUCAAGGAAACUGUCUUGGAGAAACUGAAGACCCAGUCGUCUGUGUCAUUAACAACUGACCUUUGGUCUGAUCGCAGGCUACGCUCCUUUCUUGGGGUGACUGCCCAUGUGUGCUACAAAUCUAAAGAUUGCUAUGCACUUGAAUCCUACCUGCUGGACUGUAGGCGUUUUACAGGGAGGCAUACUGGAGAGCACAUUGCGUCUGCCUUUGAGGAGAUCACUGAGGAAUAUGGUAUUCGUGACAAAAUUAGCUAUAUCAUAACAGACAAUGCACCCAAUAUGAAAUGUGCUUUCAAAGUACACAUGCCCCAGCAGCAAUCUGAUGACAGUGAGAGUGAAGAGGAUAAUUUGUUGGGCCUCUAAAUGUCAGAUUUCUUUAUUAUGUAUGUUAUGUAUAAGUUGCUACAUCCAUUCAACAGCAGAGUUAAAGAUGCAGUAUGUAACUUUGUUAAAACAAAAAAAUAUCUUUGUAAAAGUUAUAUAGUUUUUUUUAUAUAUUUAUGUCACUAUGUUGUGUCAGUAUGUUAUGAGACCGACAAGCUGUGAAAAUAUUGAGCUCCUCUGCCUUUUCUCCAUGUUCCCAGUGCUAACUGGAGAAAUACACUGCUUGGUCAAAAACAAACCAUCUGAUCCAGCAAAAGGGUCUUAGAACUGAUAAAAAUCAGUCAUGUUUUUGUGCACGUAUUUCAAUGGGGUUUGUAUUUCUGCAGAUGGCAGUAGUCGCUCAGGGAGGAAGUGAAGGAGAUCAAUCUUUUUUUCAACAAAUUAUCUGUCUCAUAACAUAUUGUCACAACUUAGUGAUGGAUAUAGAUUUAUUUAAGAAAAGUUAUAUAAUGUAGCUAUAAUCUGUAUACGAGAGAGAAACGAGAGAAAUGAUUGGCAUUUUUUCAGUUUUACAUAUUUGCACAUGGUUUUGAAAUAGCACAUUUAAAAACAACAUAAAUGUAUGUACUGUUCAUGAAAGGCAGAGAAAAUACUAUUUUGAUCGACUUUGAUUGUUUGAAAUUCUGUGAUUACAACAUAGAAGUACUAAAUAAAGAUGUUUAUGUUUAUUCCAGUUCUCUGUGUAAAAUAUCUAGGUGUUUUUACGUGAAUGUGGGUCUUUUAGAUCAAU